AUGGAUAAUUCUAAAGGCGAAGUCCUUGUUACUGGAGUGCAUGCAAAUUCUUACACUAUUAACAGAAGAGAACUAUGGCAAGACUUAUGUGACAUCAGCCUUUUGAAUAAGCCCUGGUUAAUCUUGGGGAAUUUUAAUACUAUUUUUUCUACUGAUGAGAAGAAAGGAGGUAGGAAUCCCAUUUCUACAGCAAUGAAAGAGUUUCAAGAUUGUGUUGAUUUCUGUGGUCUGUUACAAGCUCCUAAAAGUGGGUUUAAUUUUUCAUGGUGUAAUGGUAGGGCUGGAAGAAAAAGGAUUCUCUGCAACCUUGAUAGAACCUUAUAUAACUUGAAAUGGUUGGAUAACUUUACAGGAUGGAAUUAUAAAGUUGGUGCUAGAGGAGUGUCUGAUCAUAGUCCUCUUAUGGGUGUGGAAUUGGGAGAUCUUUGGGGAUGUAAAAGAAACCUUAAAAAGGCUGAAGAGAAGGUGCUGGAGGAAACCUUAAAAUUUGAUAGUGAUCCCUCCAAUAUCAAUCUGUUAAACAACUUGGUCAUUGCUAGAGAAAAAUGUGAUAUAGCUGCAAACAACUACAACACUUUUCUCAGAGACAAGGCUAGAAUCAGCUGGAUUCUAGAUGGUGAUGUUAACACUAAUUACUUCCAUACAAGAAUUAUGCUAAUACAAGCUCAAAAUUCAAUAGCUGAAAUUGAAGAUUCUUCAGGUAAUAUUAUUACUGAUCAAAAUGGUAUAGCUAAUGUGCUUAUUGACUAUUUUAGUACCAAGUUUGCUCAUCAGAAUGUUAGUAUAAAUGAUUCUUUUUUUGAGGCUGCUCCUAAAGUGAUAACAACUGAGGAUAAUUAUUAUUUAGAAAAGUUGCCAACUGAAGAAGAUAUUAAAACUGCAAUUUUUGAUCUAAACCAAGAUGGGGCCCCUGGACCAGAUGGUUUCACUGGUACAUUUUACAGAUAUUAUUAA